GGGGAUAUUGAUUACUAUACCUUACAGCCUAGUGUACCUAUGGAAACUGCGAACAGGAAUUUUCGAAGUUGUUGUCAAGCAAUGGCAUUGAACAACGCAUGUCUCUCAGUCUGCAAUUACAAUUCAACUUUGCCUCAGUUCAGAAAGGCGAGAGGUGCGGGCUGUAAAAGAAGCGAAGAGAGAAAAUAUUUGAUCUGUGCGUCGGCUGGUCAGGACGUGACGAAAUGCUGUCGAGCAUAUGGUACUUUCUAUGCGCAGACGUACUGCAAAAUGCUCUGUCGACCAAGCGACAAACGUUGGGUGGCCGACUAUGAAGAGAUCAUAGUCUAUUGGCCGUGCAUCAGGUUCAUAGAAGGCAUUCUGCACUGCAUGCACAUACUUUUACCGGCCGAAUGA